GAUCCACGAUCAAAGUGAGGUUAGGUUCUCUCUCCCCCUUUAUUUCUCCUUUCUCUCCACGAUUCAUCUCGGAUUAGCGACCAAGGAACAAGCUCUGUUUUACAAAACUCUCAGAGAUGUCAAGUGGAACAGUGAGAAGGGUCUCACGCCAAGAUAUACAACUGGUUCAAAACCUUAUAGAACGAUGCCUUCAACUUUACAUGAAUCAGAAAGAAGUCGUGGAAACUUUACUGGAGCAGGCCAAAAUCGAGCCUGGGUUCACAGAACUAGUUUGGCAGAAGCUUGAAGAAGAGAAUCGGGAAUUUUUCAAGGCUUACUAUCUUAGGCUCAUGGUGAAACACCAGAUUAUGGAAUUCAACAAGCUACUUGAGCAGCAGGUUCACCACAUGCAGCAGAUGCAUCCAAGUGGUAUUAGUUCCGUCCAAAAUACAAAUGGUUCUCAUAUUCAAUCAAUGAAUCAGAAACAGUUAUGCUAUGCCACUGAGCACACUAAUCAAUCUUUGAAGUCUGGAGGUGCACAUCACCCUAUGGCUUCGAGUCUGUCUAAUGCAUACCUCAAUGGCUCUUCAACACUCAAUACAAAUGUGGCCUCUUCUGUGAACAUUUCAACCCAUGCUAGGAGAGUUGAUGCAUCUCCGAAUAUGCUCUCAGCACAGACCACAAACAUACCAAUGAUGCAAGGAAUGAAUGGAGGAAUGAUCAAGUCUGAGACUGCUUUUACAAACCCUGCUUCUUACAUUUAUGGUGGUGAACGGAAUGCCCUCGAAGGACAUGCCACAGUUGGAGAUACUUCGAUCCCAUCUUUCAGCAACGAGUCCAACAACCAGCCCCUCGGUGAUCCACUUCUUGAUGCAGAAGCUUCUACUUUUGGCUUCUUAGGUCAAAUUCCUCGGAACUUCAGCCUCUCUGAUUUGACAGCUGAUUUUUCCCAGAGCUCAGAGAUUCUGGAGAGCUACGAUAAAUCACCCUUCCUUGUGCCUGAUUCUGAAAAUUUCCUGGACUCGUGCGAUAGGGGAGAAUAUCAAGGAGACAACAAGAGAUUGGAGACCAUAUCUGAAGGUUUCAGUUACGACAACCUCGGGAGCGAGUAGUUAGGUAACAGGUUUUGCUGCAUCAAUCAUAACGUAGGACACGUUUGUGUAUAAAAGAUUCAGGCUUUUGAUCUUUUCCUGGAAAAUACUAAUAGGUGGGGUGUAUAAAAAAAGGGAUUUCUAUUAAACGUUAUCAUUUCAGCUUAAAGUUCGUAGUAAUAAGUUUGAGAAGAUCAUAUGUAGUUUUUUUCAAUGUGUGAUUUUGUCUCUUUUCUCUUGUGUUUUAGUUUUAUUUUACUUGUUACAAUUGUUUAUUUAUACAUUAAUGUUUUUGGAGUCUAUGGAGUUUUGAUCUAUAUAAAUC